ACUCUCAUUCUUCGGUAUACCGUUCGCGAGUGCGAACGUCGGUCUGAAUCAUGUCUGAACUUACGAUCACAGCAGCAGGACUGCAGAACUUUUACAAAAGUUAAUUUUUCUAAUAAGACACAAGUCGCGUACAAGUGCAAAAUUGUUAAUAAACGUACUCACUUGUGUAAAAUUACAAGUUUCUCGGAGAAGCAAAUUUAAAUUCAAAAAUUAUCUUUUUAAUAAUCAGACAUGAAACUUAAUAAUUAAACGUAGACAUGGAAGAAACGGUGGCAUUGAUCAAGUCGUGCAUAAUUUCGAAGAAAGGCGGCGUGCCAAUUGAAGAUCUAAACGAUGAGUUUCAAACUGUCGUCGGAGAAUCUAUUCCGUAUCGUAGAUUGGGAUUCUCAAGUCUUCGUGCGCUUUUGCAAACUAUAGACGGUUUGGAAACAACUUGGAAUGAUUUCGGCGAAGAAACGUUAAGAAUAAACGAUUCUAAGAUUUCUCAUAUCGACAGACUUAUACGAAAGCAAAAAGUAGAUUAUUCAAAGACAAGAAAUAAAUACUAUAAACAAUUUAUGCGAAAUGAUGGCAAUCUUAGAUACAAUAAUGAUGAACGUAGAGAAAAGAACAGAUUAAUUUAUAAUACCAAUCGCGCCAAUAGACGAAAUCAAGAUCUCGCACAUCGUCGUAACCCAAAUUUAUUUGGAACCAAUGGCGCGUAUAAAAAUAACUUCUUGAAUAGAGAAGAAGAAAAUCAUCAUCCGGUAGUAAUAGAAACAAAUGAAGUGAAGAAACAAGACAGCAUAUAUGAACCUGUUGCAAACGGCCAACAAUUACUUGGUGACGAUUUCUUCCUACAACUUGCGAUACGAAAUCUUCAUCAUUCUAUUUGGAGAUACAAGGAUAGCUUAGCAUUGCACUGCGGAUUGUGUAUCUCCGGACAGACUAUUAGCGACUGUACUCGAGCUUUGAGGAAUAUCAGUUCCAUCUCCAAUCGUGUUGUGAUUCUGCUUGGCUCGGUUGAUGUUUACAACAACGCCACUUGCGACGAGAUGAUAGAAGAUAUGACGGAGCUCUUGCAAGUUCUUCGGUCUAAAUUUCAUCUUUCUAACACAGCCAUCAGUAUCUGUACUCUUCCACCUUUGGCUAAUAUCAGCAUCUAUUCUUAUAAGAAACAAAGCAUGGCGCUCCUUUCCUUCAACAAUUGGAUAAGAUCUCUGGCGGAUGAUCCGUCUACAAGAGAUACCUCUUUUGUCAACUAUCCUGUAAUAGAUUUGUACACAAAGUUCUGCCAUGACGAAACGUACGUCACAAAUUACGACUGGUUUCAAACCCAAGCGCGUAGAGUGUCCGGCACUAAACAUUCCUAUGUGCUGUGGAAUGACAUAGGACGGAUGCGAGCUAUGGACCUCAUCUGCGAAGAGAAAAAUAUGGAUCGCUCCAGAAGUCCCAGCUCAUUGUCGAUGCAAUGAGCUAACUGGGAUCUUCCGUUAUACACAUAUGAUGAACGCCGUAUAAGAAAAGAAGCAGAACGGUACACGAUGGAGGGCCUUAUUUGCCGUUGACGGCGAAGAACGCUUUUUCGAGGAUCCUCCAAGGUGUACUCUCCCGCUUCUUUCGUAGAUGUGUGCCUAAAUACCGCAAACACGUCCAGAUCACAUUUAUGUCUGAUUGUGAGCCUAUUCUGUCUAUGAAAAAAAAAAGUUGUAUAACGUCGUCCGGAUAAAUCGUUUCAUCGUGUCUAAUCAAACGGUCGUUUUGCGCGAGAGAUAUAUUGGUUCAACGAACAAUAACCGGAUAUACGGUCCCUGCUUUGUCACAAAGAUAACUAGAAGCAGGGCGAGGUAAUACAUAUGUCUUUUGUAUACACACGUAGUAUACAAAUGUAGUUUAAAUUAAAUCUUUGCUUUCAAGUAGAUACAAAGCUAACCGUCAAAUUUAAUUUCGUUUGUUCGCGUCUCAAGGAAAUGGCCGUUGACGCAGGCUUUAAAUUCACGCGAAGUUAAUUAAGAUGUAUUCUGUUCAUUGCAUUUCUUUGUCACGUGUUUAAGAUUAACUUUUCUCCCAAUAUUAUAGUUUUCAACGUAGAUUUCAUUAAUUACUAAUCUUAAAACUUCACGAUUUAAACUUUAUCCGUUUCGUGGCAUUGUGGAAAAGAUUAAACGAAAGUUCGAUAACAAGUGUUUAAGUACAUUGAAAAAGUAUAGUACAUUUUUAUAAUUAAAUGCGGGUGAUUUAAAAAUGACACAAAUACUUUUUUGGAGAAAUCUUAACGUUUCCUAAUGAACAGCAGGAAUGCAGUAGCGAACUUUAAUCGCAUCCCUUGUCACGUGUUUAAAAUUAACUUUUCUCCGAAUAUAUAGUUUCCAACGUAGAUUUGAUAAAUUACUGAUUUUAAAACUUAAGUUCAAAAGUUUAAAUAGCAGUACAACAUUAAUAUAAAAGAUUCAUAAAUUUUCCCUAUUGGUUUCUCUCUGAACGUCAAAAUUAUUAUAAAUUUAACAAAAAGUCAGUCACUGUUAAGAAAUUAUCGGCCAUAUUUCGUGAAACAUGAUCAAACGAAAUUUAAUGAAUCAUUAUAAAUUAUGUAAUAUAUAUAGAUAAAUUCUUGCAAAGAAAUUAAUCAUGAGAAGGAAUUAUUAUAGAGGUACAGGUCAUUAUAAUGUUUCUUUGUGUGUGUGUAUGUAAAUUAUUUAAUUGUUCGAAAUAUUAGUUUUUAUAUACUGUUCUGUAUCUUAAUAUAUACAUUAGCGUUUUAUAUACUGUAUUUAAUAUACGCAAGCAAGUUUAAAAAAUACAAUGUUAAAUUAAA